UAUACAAAACCUGCACACUUUUGUAAUGUUUCUGGGUACUGGAAAGCAUAUAUAUAUAUAUAGAGGUCUUAUUUCCACAUGAAUAUCAACAUACAAUUGUUCGAAAAUGUGGAGGCUAAAGAUAGCAGAGGGAGUUUCAAAUGAUGAUCCUUAUUUGUUCAGUAGAAACAACUUUGUGGGGAGGCAGACAUGGUGUUUUGAUCCUGAUUAUGGAACCCCUGAAGAAAAAGCAGAGGUCGAAGAAGCUCGAAACCACUUCUGGAACAACCGCCAUCAGGUUAAGCCCAGCGGUGAUCACCUCUACCGAAUGCAGUUCUUAAAGGAAAAGAAUUUCAAACAAACAAUACCACAAGUGAAGGUUGAGGAUGGGGAAGAAAUCAGCUAUGAGACGGCCACAAUCACAUUGAAAAGAGCUGUCACCUUCUUUGCGGCCUUGCAGGCUGAUGAUGGUCAUUGGCCUGCAGAAAAUGCUGGCCCCCUAUUUUUCCUUCCACCCCUGGUGAUGUGUUUGUAUAUAACAGGGCAUCUGAAUACUGUAUUCCCUUCUGAACAUCGGAAAGAAAUCUUGCGGUACAUUUACUGUCACCAGAAUGAAGAUGGUGGAUGGGGAUUACAUAUUGAAGGCCACAGCACAAUGUUCUGUACAGUUCUCAGCUACAUCUGCAUGCGUAUUCUUGGAGAAGGACCAGGUGGUGGUAAAAAUAAUGCAUGUGCAAGAGCACGAAAAUGGAUCCUUGAUCAUGGUAGUGCAACAGCAAUACCCUCCUGGGGCAAGACAUGGCUUUCGAUACUUGGUGUAUUUGAAUGGAUAGGCACUAACCCAAUGCCUCCCGAGUUUUGGAUCCUUCCAUCUUUUCUUCCGAUGCAUCCAGCAAAAAUGUGGUGCUAUUGUCGGAUGGUUUACAUGCCUAUGUCAUAUCUCUACGGAAAGAGGUUUGUUGGUCCAAUUACUCCUCUCAUUUUACAACUAAGAGAGGAACUUUAUGCAGAAUCAUAUGACAAUAUAAACUGGAAAAAAGAGCGGCAUAAUUGUGCAAAGGAAGACCUCUACUAUCCUCAUCCAUUGAUACAAGAUCUCAUGUGGGAUAGUCUUUACAUAUUUACAGAGCCUUUCUUGACUCGUUGGCCAUUUAAUAAGUUAAGAGAAAAAGCUCUUCAAACAACUAUGAGACAUAUCCAUUAUGAAGAUGAGAACAGUAGAUAUAUUACCAUUGGAUGUGUGGAAAAGGUUUUGUGUAUGCUUGCUUGUUGGGUUGAGGAUCCAAAUGGAGAUUAUUUUAAGAAACAUCUUGCAAGAAUCCCAGAUUAUAUAUGGGUUGCUGAAGAUGGAAUGAAGAUGCAGAGUUUCGGCAGUCAGGAAUGGGACACUGGUUUUGCCGUACAAGCUUUAUUAGCAAGUGAUCUUACUGAAGAUAUUCAUUCGACUCUUAUGAAGGGACAUGAUUUUAUUAAGAAAUCCCAGGUCACAGAGAAUCCUUCUGGGGACUUUAAAAACAUGCACCGCCAUAUCUCUAAAGGAUCCUGGACCUUUUCAGAUCAAGAUCAUGGCUGGCAAGUUUCAGAUUGUACUGCUGAAGCAUUAAAGUGUUGCCUACUUUUUUCAAGAAUGCCUACACAUAUUGUUGGUAGUAAAAUGGAAGAUAGCCGAUUGUUCGAUGCUGUCAAUGUACUGCUUUCUCUGCAGAGUAAAAAUGGUGGUCUAGCUGCAUGGGAGCCUGCAGGAUCAUCAGAAUGGUUGGAGCUGCUCAAUCCGACAGAAUUCUUUGCAGACAUUGUCAUAGAACAUGAGUAUGUUGAAUGCACUGCAUCUGCAAUUCAAGCAAUGGUAUUGUUUCUUAAAUUAUAUCCUGGGCAUAGGAAGAAAGAAAUAGAAAUCGCUAUUUCAAAUGCUGUUCGCUACCUGGAAGGCAUACAAAUGUCAGACGGUUCAUGGUAUGGAAAUUGGGGAGUGUGUUUUACAUAUGGCACUUGGUUUGCUAUUGGUGGUUUAACUGCAUCUGGAAAGACGUACGACAACUGUCAGAGCAUUCGUAAAGGUGUUGAUUUUCUUUUAAAGUCACAGCGCAGUGAUGGUGGCUGGGGGGAAAGCUACCUUUCCUGCCCAACAAAGAGAUACAUACCUUUAGAAGGAAGUCGUUCAAAUUUGGUACACACUGCAUGGGCAACCAUGGGCCUGAUUAACUCUGGCCAGGCGAAGAGAGAUCCAACACCUCUUCAUCGUGCAGCAAAAUUGCUGAUCAAUUCUCAAUUGCAGAGUGGUGAUUUUCCACAACAGGAGAUCACUGGAGUGUUCAUGAAAAACUGCAUGCUGCACUAUGCAGCCUACAGAAAUAUCUACCCUCUGUGGGCUAUAGCAGAAUACCGUAAGAACGUGCAAUUACCAUCCACAAGUGUGGAAGUGCUUGCAUGAUGCCUCAGAAAUGGAUUCUAAAUCGAUACCUACAUCGUACAUAAAGGAUCCUAAAGAAAUGGGAAUGCUUGUUUCUCAGAUCAUUUGGAGUCGAUGUCACUGCAAAUAAGUUCUGUUCUCACCAGCCUGCAUAGUACAUGUAUAUAUUACUUCAUGUUUAGCCUUCUUCCCGUGGCAUGUAUCAAUAAAGGUCGUUUGUAUGAAAAUGUGAUUAGUAUUGAAGAAAUAACAAAGAGUUUACUA